UGUCUACAAAGGCAUCGAGCUAUGAUCGAUGGAGUAAAGAAAACACAACAUGGCAGAAGAAGUCAAGGUGUUUAGGACAUGGUCAAGUUCAUUUGCUCUGAGAGUCAUCUGGGCACUGAAAUUGAAGGGUGUUGAGUUUGAUACCAUAUAUGAAGAUCUCUCCAACAAGAGCCCUUUACUCUUGCAAUACAAUCCUAUCUACAAGAAGGUUCCCGUGCUUGUCCACAACGGUAAAGUCAUCUGUGAAUCACUUGUCAUUCUAGAAUACAUCGACGAGACAUGGAAGCAAAAUCCUCUGUUGCCUGAAGAUCCUCACCAGCAAGCCAAUGCUCGUUUCUGGGCCAAGUUUGGUGAUGAUAAGGUUUUGCAAUCAAUUGUGGGGGAUGUGCUUAUGAAGGAGGGAAAAGAGCUAGAAGAAGGGGUCCUUGCAUCCUUGGAGAACUUGAAAUAUUUAGAAGAAGAGAUAAGAGGAAAGAAAUUCUUUGGUGGGGAGACUAUUGGGCUAGCGGAUAUUGCAUUAGGAUGGCUUGCUUACUACCUUGGUAUCUUUGAGGAGAUACUAGGUCUGAUACUGAUAGACCAGGAAAAGUUUCCAUCCUUAGCGGCAUGGAAGCAGGAAUUUGCAAAUGCUCCAAUCAUCCAUGAGAACUGGCCGGAUAGAGACAAGCUGGUUAACAAGUUUGUUGCCAUGCGUGAGGCCAAACUUGGAAAAGAAGCACCUAAAUAAAUGGUUUAUGCAGUUUAAUUUGCAGACCUUUAAUGCUACUAGAACAUAUGAAUAAUUCAGAUAGAUGCAAAUCACCUUUGAUAGUGAUCCCUGCUAUUGUUAGUUUCCUGUGGGUAGCUGGAGCUUCAUCUUGAAGCCAAUGAUCAGAAUCAUGCAUGUUAUUGUCUCUGCUAUGUUGUCCAAUGAAGGAAAUAAAAAACUCUCUUAAGUUAUUUUCAAA